AUGGCUGUCGUCACUACUGAGCUGAGUUCGGGUUGGCAAUGCAGACAAUCUGACGACGGCUCUGUGGACGCAUGGCUUCCGGUGUCGAAGGUUCCAACCACAACUCAUCUUGUUCUGCAAGAAAAUGCGAAGAUUCCGGACCCCUUCAUCGACAUGAAUGAACUGGCCGUGCGGUGGGUCGCGGAGAAGCCGUGGACCUACAAAACGACAUUCCCCUCUCCGACAAAUAGACAGCCUGACGCAAGGACGGACUUGGUGUUUGAAGGCCUCGACACAUUCGCCACGGUAACAUUGAACGGCCACAAGAUCCUCGAAGCAGACAAUAUGUUUCUCGAGUACCGCGUUGACGUCACGAACUUCCUCCUAAAACCCUCUUCCGACAGUGUCCUAGCCGGGCCAAACGUUCUGGAAAUCGUCUUUGACUCGGCCCUCCUCCGUGGCCGUAAGCUCGUCAAACGGCACUCACAUGAACACAACUUCAUCGCCCAUCAGACCGAGUCGAGUAGAAUACCCGUGCGGAAAGCACAGUGCCACUGGGGAUGGGACUGGGGUCCUAUCCUGAUCACUUCGGGGCCAUGGAAGCCCGUUUUGCUGCAGACAUAUGUUGUUAGAAUUGAUGAUGUCUGGUUUCAAGGAGAGGUAAGUGAGGAUCUGAAGGCCGUGAAAGGAAAGUUAUUCUCCCGCGUAAAAUGCGAAAAGCAAAGGACGCAGGAGGGGAGUGUGGUCGAGUUAUCAUUAUCUCUUGACGGUAAGGUCCUGCUCGAGUUACAGGCCCCCAUCGACAACGACGGCGUCGCUACCGCCGAAUUUCGACUCGAGCGCCCUGCCCUCUGGUAUCCUCGUGGUUAUGGCAAACAGUGCCUUUACGAGCUCGAAGCAACACUACCUACGAAGGGCUCCCAUCCUAUUUCCAAGUCCAGGAUGAUUGGGUUCCGACGGUGCGAACUCAUACAGGAGCCGGACGAGUUUGGAAAAUCUUUCUAUUUCCGCAUCAACAAUGUCGAUGUCUUCGCGGGCGGCUCGUGCUGGAUUCCUGCGGAUAGCUUCAUCCCAAGAACUGGGGAGGACGGAUAUAGGAAGUGGAUGGAACUGAUGAUUGAAGGCAAUCAGAUCAUGACAAGAAUCUGGGGUGGGGGAAUCUACGAAGACGACUCGUUCUACAAUGCCUGUGACUCCCUGGGCAUCCUUGUCUGGCAGGACUUCUGCUUUGCCUGCGCCAGUUACCCAACCUAUCCGUCUUUCCUCUCCCAAGUUGAACAAGAAGCGCGAUUCAACGUCCGACGUCUUCGCUCCCACCCCUCGCUGGCCAUCUGGGCGGGGAACAACGAAGACUAUCAGAUCCAGGAGAAACAUAACCUGGAAUACGACUAUGAAGGCGACAAGGAUCCGCAGUCGUGGCUCAAGACCAGCUUCCCCGCGAGGUAUAUCUACGAGUAUCUUUUGCCGAAGAUUGUGCAAGAGGAGAGCCCAGGCGCAGCAUAUCAUCCAAGCAGCCCUUGGGGCGACGGGAAGAAGACAUGGGAUCCCACUGUGGGAGAUAUCCAUCAGUGGAAUGUCUGGCACGGCUCUAUGCGCCGGUACCAAGAGCUUUCCACUAUAGGCGGGCGCUUCGUGAGCGAAUUCGGGAUGGAAGCGUACCCACACGUCUCGACCAUCGUCUCUGCCAUCGCCACGGAUCCGAAGCAACAGUACCCCGGCAGCAUGCCCAUGGACUACCACAACCGAGCCGUCGACCACGAACGACGCCUCCUCACGUACGUCGCCGAGAACUUCCAGAUCAAAUACGACCUGCCGAGCUUCACGCACCUGACCCAGGUCAUGCAGUCCGACGCCGUGGGCUUCGCGUACCGCUCGUGGCGCCGCGAAUGGGGCACACCCUCAAAGGGGCAGCAGAAGAGGAAAUGCGGCGGCGUUCUCGUCUGGCAGUUUAACGACACCUGGCCGACCAUGUCCUGGGCAGUGGUGGACUACUACCGCGUAAAAAAGCCUUCGUUCUACGCGAUCAAGCGAUCCCUAAAGCCGCUGGCCGUGGGCGUGAGCAGGCCGUUUCACGAGUGGACUUCCGGCCACGUGGACCCGACUGGGGCGAUCAGGGAGAACAAAUUUGAUCUCUGGGUCUGCAGUUCGCGGACGGGCGAGGAUGUCAAGGCGGGCGUGGUUGUGCGGGCCAUUUCAAUCAAGACUGGGCGCGAUGUGGUCGAUCCGAUCAGGAAGGACGGCGUCACGGUCAAGGCGAACGGCACGACCGAGAUACUCCAAGGAGGCGAGAUAUCCUUGGCCUCCGCCUCCGCCGCUCGUGAUCCUGAUCCGACGACUGGCAUGUCAUUCUUCGAUCUCCGCGCCUGGGAUCCCUACGUCAUCCACGCUUCGCUCCUCGUCGACGGCCGCGUCGUCAGCAGCGACACCAGUUGGCCCCAUCCGAUCAAGUACCUCGACUUUUCCGCCCCGAGGGACUUGAAGGUCCAACUCUCCACCGCCGAGGGAAAGGACGGAGGAGUGACAACAGCCACGGUCACAGUCUCGGCGACGAAGCCCGUGCACGGCUUCGUGUUCCGCGAGGGCAGAGACGGGGCCACCUUCAGCGACAAUGGAUUCGACGUCGUGCCUGGGGAAGAUGUCGUCGUCGAGGUCGUCAGCGGUGGGACCAGUCCCGAGAAGCCGCUCCGGUGGACUUAUAUCGGAGCGGAGAGUGCAUCUAUUGGUCUUUGA